CGGGGCGGCCCCGCGAUGGCGGCCGUGCCGCAGAACAACCUGCGGGAGCAGCUGCGGCGGCACUCGGCCCGCGGGGCCCUGCGAGCCCCGGCACCGCCGCGGGACCGCCCGCCGGGCUUCACCUUCAAGAAGGCGCCCCGGGGCCUGGCCGCCGCCUCGGUGCUGAGGGACAAGGACGUGAACACCUUGCGGGCCCUGCCCUCGGCUCUGACGGACAGGAAAGCGCCGGCGUGGGGCUGCGUUCCGCCUCGCAGCCCCAGCCCGCAGCCGGCCUGUGCCCCCCCGGGCCCCGCCGGGCCGGCCAAGGGCCCCGCCGGCAAGGCCGGUCCCGGCCCCGUUAUCACCAUCGGCGAUGAGUGGGACGAUAUCGACGACUUCGACCUGUCGGGAAUCGAAAAGAAGUUCUCUCGGCCGCCCGUCGUGUCCCCCAAGGGGCUGCGAGCCCCCCGCAAGGAGCCCCCGCGGCCGAGCCCCCGGCCGGCCCCGGCCGGCUCUCCCGAGCAGCGCCCCGGCUCGCAGAGCUCCGUGAUCUGCCUCGAGGACUCGGCUCUCUGCAGCGGGAGCCCGCCUGCGGGGCUCGUCCUCGGCCAGGAGUCACCGGCCGGGCCCCGCCGGGAUGCGGCCGGCGCAGGUAAGGGGCUGUCUGCUGGUGCUGAAGAGGGUCUGUCCCAGGAGCAGCAGGGGGCUGGGAACAGCCCCCCAAAACUGGAUGGAGCCACCAGGCCAUGUGCAGGUGCUGAGCUGGAGGAGGAUGACCUGGACAUCAUCCCUCCCUCCCCUGAAGAGGAGCUGCCUCCCUUCUCCCCCUCUGUACAAAGUGCCAGCAGUGUUUUCAAAAACUCUCCUUCUGGUGGAAGAUGCAGCUCCGAGGCCAGGCAGGAGAAAGCUCCCACAACACAUCCUGCAGGUGAUCCCAGUGCAGGGGAUUCAGGUGAGGCCGUGCCCGUGGCCCUGCAGCUGUUCCGAGUCAUGGAGGCCAUCUGUGAGCUGGUGGAUGCCGUCCCCCUGCAGGAGCUGCAGGCCCUGGGCUGUGCCAGAGCCCUGCUGCAGCACAGGGACCUCAGGAGAAAAUUGCUUGCUAAUUCUGUCAGUUUGAACCAAAAUGGCAUAAAUGCCACUUUUCCUAGAAGCUGGAGGUCUCCCAUGGAGCAGGGCCCUCAUGUGUGUCCUGGUGCAGGCUCAGGUUCCGGCCCAAACUGGAGCUUCAGUUCUGACAGAAGCUCCCCCAAAUCCACAAACCUCCAAUCGGUGCUUUCUGCUCAUUCCAGCAACUCUUCUGCCACAACAAAUCAAACCUUGGACACCUCUUGUGCCUCAAAGCAGGGCGUUGAGGAUCUGCCCAGCCCAGGAACUGCAGGGCUGCCCUGUCCCAAGGGAGGUGGCAGGGAGGGAGCUUCCCUCAAGCUCAGCCUCCAGUCCUGCAGCAGCAGCUGGGACCAAACUGCGGGAACAAGGACUGGGAACCAGCCCCCGAGCAGCACAGCCCUGAGGGCUCAGAGCACAGCUCCCAGGGCCAGUCCUGCAGGGAACACCUUGGAGACAAGUGAUCCAGACUUGGACCUGGAGCUCUUUGACAUGGAUGACUUCGAUGAGGACUGGGAGAGCCCGGGGGCUGCUCCAGCCCCACCCACGCCUGUCACAGAGGGGCCUCCUGCCAAAUCCCUCUUGUCCAAGAUUAUGUCCAGAGCCAAAGGGUCUGUGGGAUCUGAUCCUGCUGCUCCAAAGCCAGGCCUGCUGGUGGCAACAAAGAAUCAUCCAGAUCCAGUGAUUCAUAACCCUGCACUGGAGCGUUUCAGGGGUAUGAAAUUUCCCCAUUCUGCAGAAAUGAUGAAUAUAUUUCACAGGAAGUUUGGACUGCACUCUUUCAGGACAAACCAGCUGGAGGCCAUCAAUGCUGCUCUGCUGGGAGAGGAUUGCUUCAUCCUCAUGCCCACAGGAGGUGGGAAGAGCUUGUGCUACCAGCUACCAGCCUGUGUCUCUGCCGGGGUCAGCAUCGUUAUUUCUCCACUGAGGUCACUGAUCAUCGAUCAGGUUCAGAAGCUGAAGACUUUAGAUAUUGCUGCAACAUACCUGACUGGUGACAGAACAGAUGCUGAUGCCUCAAAAAUCUACAUGCAGUUGUCAAAGAAGGACCCUGUCAUAAAGCUGCUGUAUGUCACCCCUGAGAAGGUGUGUGCCAGCAGCCGCCUGAUGUCCGCCCUGGAGAACCUCUACGACAGGAAACUCUUGGCACGUUUUGUUAUCGAUGAGGCCCACUGUGUCAGCCAGUGGGGCCACGACUUCCGGCAGGACUACAAGCGGCUGAACAUGCUGCGCAGAAAGUUCCGCUGCGUGCCCAUGAUGGCCCUCACUGCCACGGCCAACCCCCGCGUGCAGAAGGACAUCCUCAACCAGCUCGAGAUGCUCAAACCACAAGUGUUUACAAUGAGCUUCAACAGGCAUAACUUGAAAUAUGAUGUGUUGCCCAAGAAGCCAAAGAAGGUGGCGAUGGAUUGCUUGGAAUGGAUUAAAAAAUAUCACCCCCAUGACUCUGGGAUAAUCUAUUGCCUUUCCCGGCACGAGUGUGACACCACAGCAGCCAUCCUGCAGAAGGAGGGGCUGGCUGCCCUGGCCUACCAUGCUGGCCUCACCGACUCCAACAGGGACCUUGUGCAGCAGAAGUGGGUUAAUCAGGAGGGAUGCCAGGUGAUCUGUGCAACGAUUGCCUUUGGAAUGGGCAUUGACAAACCCGACGUGCGCUACGUGAUCCACGCGUCCCUUCCCAAAUCCAUCGAAGGUUACUACCAGGAGUCUGGCAGGGCUGGGCGGGAUGGAGAGAUGUCCCACUGCCUGCUCUUCUACAGCUACAGUGAUGUGACCAGGCUGAGAAGGCUCAUCCUGAUGGAGAAGGAUGGGAACAGCCACACGAGGCAGACCCACUUCAACAACCUGUACAGCAUGGUGCACUACUGUGAGAAUGUGGUCGAGUGCCGCCGUGUCCAGCUGCUUGCCUACUUUGGGGAAACCAACUUCAACCCCACCUUCUGCAAAGAUCACCCAGAAGUGAUUUGUGACAACUGCAGCAGGAAGAAGGAUUACAAAUCAAGGAAUGUGACCGAGGAUGUGAAGAGCAUCGUGCGCUUUGUGCGCGAGCACUGCGGCCAGGCAGGGUGGCUGAACGGCAAGAGGAAUCCAGGCUCUGGCAGGUACACCCUCAACAUGAUGGUGGACAUUUUCUUAGGUUCAACGAGUGCCAAGAUUCAGUCUGGAAUAUUUGGGAAGGGGGCUGCCUAUUCCAGGCACAAUGCUGAAAGGCUGUUUAGAAAACUGGUCCUGGACAAGAUCCUGGAUGAGGAUUUGUACAUCACAGCUAAUGACCAGGCAGUGGCAUAUGUCAUUCUGGGAGAGAGAGCUCAGGCUGUGCUGGAUGGGUCACUCCAGGUGGAGUUCCACGAGACAGAGAGUGCCAGUUCCAUCAGAAGGCAAAGGGCUUCCAUGGCAAAGAUGUCCCAGCGGGAAGAAGUGGUUAAACAGUGCCUCAGUGAACUUACAGACACCUGCAAAACCCUGGGCAAAGUUUUUGAUGUGCAUUACUUCAAUAUUUUCAGUACUUCCACACUAAAGAAAAUAGCAGAAACCUUGUCCUCAGAUGUGGAGGUGUUGCUGCAGAUCGAUGGUGUCACAGAAGACAAACUGGAGAAAUAUGGUGCAGAAAUCAUUAAAGUGAUGGAUAAGUACUCAGAAUGCUCCUUCCCAGAGGACGCUGCCUGCCCAGGUGUGGACACAGCUACGGGCAGCACUGGCUCUCUGGGCAGCGAUGCAGAAGCAGAGGAUGCAGGUACAACCUCCAGCUAUUUUGGCAAUAACACAAACCAGAGGAGGAAAAGGAAGCGGCCACCAAACUCCAGGGACUCCAAGAGGAAGAAGACGAGUGCUGGUGGCAGCCAGCAGUUCCAGCCCAGAGGUGGCUACAGCAGGUACAGAAGGACCAAGAAGCUUCCGAGCUCGAAGACUCCAACUUCCUCUGGUGCCAGCUCCGUGUCCUACAGCACUGGUGGCACACAGGGAGCUGCUGGGAAGCUGGCCAUGAUGGCACUACCCAAACCCAAAUCCAGGAGCUUCCUUCAGCCUUCGUAUUCCAUAUUUUAACUGCAAAAUGCCAUUACUGAAUGAAUUUCCCCAAGAUGGAAUCAUUGUUUAUUAAAUUUUUGUUUCAUUUGCUGCUGCUAAACCUUCCGGGACUUGUGUAUUUGUCAGUACAAAAGCUCACAUUAAAUAAAUAUUUUUUAACUUGUCAGUUUAUUUGGGCCUACUGGUGAGUGGUUCUAGAAACUGUCCCCUGUUGGUGACACUCCUCCCUGUGAUCCUGAUUUACAGCCCCUCAGGGGCAUGAUUGGGACCACAGAUGCUGGGGGCUGUGUGUCACCAAAACUGACUCUGUCCUUGCUGGAGAGCUGGGCAAAGGGCAGGGUAAGAAGGAAAAAAGGUAAGGAAUAUUUUUAACUCUCCCACUUGAUUCCCCACCUCCUGGAACUGGGAGCGCCUAACCCUGCCCUGGGUGUGCAUUUUUUUUCAGUUAGUGUUUUUUUGUUUUUUUUUUUUUUUUUUUCUUUUUAAACCGUUAUCUUGUCAGUGCCAUGGCACAGGGUGCAGGAGCUGCCUCCUGGCCCUGCUGUGCUGCCGGCCCAGGCACGGCGAUGCCGCUGUGGGCUGUGAGGGGCGGCUGUGCCCUCAUGGCUGUGAGGGGCGGCUGUGUCCUCAUGGCUGUGCCCUCAUGGCUGUGAGGGGCGGCUGUGUCCUCAUGGCUGUGCCCUCAUGGCUGUGUCCUCCCGGUUGUGCCCGCAGCACCGGGCAGGGCACACGGGCCCUUCCUCGGCUUGCCUGGAGCCGAGCAUUUCACCCGCUGUUCCUGGGCAACGAGUCCGUAUGCUUGGGGUUGGGAGGGACCUUAAAGCUCAUCCCGUUCCACCCCUGCCACGGCAGGGACACUGCCACCGUCCCACGCUGCUCCAGGCCCCAAUGUGCAGCCUGGCCUUGGGCACUGCCAGGGAUCCAGGGGCAGCCAC